CAGCCACCCGCUUGCCAGAGCUCCGAUCAGCCCGUUUUCGCCGUUGAAGUUGCUGGUUUCUUCUCUGCAGUUCAGUCCAGCUCAGAAGCAGAAGACAGCAAGAAGUUCCAGACUUCGUGGCCCGUUUUCAAGCCCUUCCCGGCCUCCGUUGGUGUCGCCGCUUUGGGGUUUAUCGACCGCCUUGGUGUCGUGGUCGCCGUGAACUCACCGGCGCGCAAAACCGGUCCCUAGAUGGCGGAUCCUCCGGAGCUUUUUGGUAGACCAGUGAGGGUCACUGAGAGGAUUUUUGACUAUGCCGAUCCCGGAAGUCAUUGGGUCUAUGAGCUUGUGGUGACUACCAUCUGGGUUGAUGAGAACCUUCCUGGUAGGGUCCCUCAUCGAUUUAGAGCGUGGUAUCGCUAUAGACCUGAUGGAUUCUUGGAUGACCCUCCCAGGUGUUUUGAUAUUCCCCCUGGUAUUAUAGAUGCCGCUCUAGGUGAGAGUGCUGUUGAUCCUCCAGAUGGGUUGGUGGAAGACCCGAUGCCCCCGAUGCCCGUGGAGCCCGAAGAGCUGGCGAAUGGACCUGUCUAGCUGGUCUUAGGACAGCUUUGUUUUUGAGGACUGAUCUUCUAUAGAUCUUUUGUUAAUAGCCUAGUCCUGUAAAUUGA